AUGGUGGGUGCAGAUCAGAUCAAGAUCGACGAUGACGACGAGUCUGUCGCCAAAGCGUACCUCCGUGACACGGCAGGCUCGACGCAGGCCAAUGGCAUCGACGUCGACUCGCCCUUUUCAGAGUCAGACGACAAGCCAGCGGACGGGCGGACGGGCGCAUACGUUGAGGGGACCCGGCGGAUCUACUUUGAUCGGGACAAUGUGCCCAUUGCAGACCCAGAAGACGACGGUCCCUUGCCAAUGUAUUGGCAUGUUGACGAUCCCUGGACGAUGACAGACAACUACUUCUCCAGUGGGCCAAAGAAACAGAUCAAGUCUCUCGUGUCCCAGCAGAUCGACUCCUUCAACGAUUUCCUCAACAACAGUAUGCAGGAAAUCGUCGACGAGAACUCAAAGCUCGUACUCGAUCAAGAGCUGCAGUUCCAAGGCACCGCAGAGAAGCUGAGGAGAUAUGAGAUCAACUUUGGCCAGGUCUAUCUGUCGCAACCCACUCAGACCGAAGCAGACGGAUCUGUCGCCGCUCUCUUCCCCCAAGAGGCUCGACUCAGGAACCUCACUUAUUCGUCACCCCUCUAUGUCGACGUCAGUAUGACCGUCAAAGUACCCCAUCCCGAUGGCGAGCUCGAUGAGAACGGUGAGAUCGAAUGGAUCACAGAGGAGGACGAGGCGGGCAUGCAACAGAUCUCCCAGCACCGAGAAUAUCUCGGCAAGGUUCCGAUGAUGAUCAAGUCCAGAUUCUGUCAUCUGCUCAAGAUGGAAGAGGACGCACUUUUCAAUGCUGACGAGUGCCCGCUUGACAAGGGAGGUUACUUUAUCAUCAACGGCUCCGAAAAGGUCCUCAUUGCGCAAGAGAGAAUGGCGGGCAACACCGUUUACGUCUUUGGCAAAGCUCCUCCGUCGCCCAUUGCCUACCUAGCAGAGAUCCGCAGUGUCGUCGAGUCGGGCAGUCAGACACCCUCCAGCUUGACCGUCAAGAUGAUGCGGGCCGGCAAUCCCGACAAAGUUGGUGGCGCGACAGGCUCAGUCAUCCGUGUUACUCUGCCUUAUAUUCGUGCCGAUAUACCGAUCCUAGUCGUCUUCCGUGCGCUGGGCAUCAUACCCGACAAGGACAUUCUCCAGCACAUCUGUUACGAUCCCAACGACACCGACAUGUACGAGCUGCUCAAGCCUUCCCUAGAAGAGGCCUUCCCCGUGCAAGAUCAGAACGUCGCUCUCGACUUUAUUGGGCGACGUGGUACUGCUGCCGGACUCACUCGCGACAAGCGUAUCCAGUACGCUCGCGAUGUCUUGCAAAAGGAGGUCUUGCCGCACGUCUCGACAUCUGCAGGCUCACAUCAAAAGAAGGCCUACUUCUUCGGCUACAUGAUCCACCGACUGCUCAUGGCGGCCAUGCAAAGAAGAGACCUAGACGAUCGUGAUCACUUUGGCAAGAAGAGACUCGAUCUGGCAGGCCCACUUGUUGCCAGUCUUUUCCGAACGCUCUUCAAGAAGAUGAUCAAAGACGUCUACCGGUACCUGCAAAAGUGCGUCGACACGCAGAAGGAGUUCAAGAUGAACAAUGCCAUACGAGCCUCAACGAUCACGAACGGACUCAAGUAUUCUCUCGCUACAGGCAAUUGGGGCGAACAGAAGAAAGCAGCCGCAGCUCGCGCGGGUGUCUCGCAAGUGCUCAACCGUUAUACGUUUGCGUCGACCCUAUCGCAUUUGCGAAGGACGAAUACACCAAUUGGUCGUGAUGGCAAGAUCGCGAAACCUCGUCAGUUGCAUAACACACAUUGGGGUAUGGUCUGUCCUGCCGAGACGCCUGAAGGUCAAGCGUGCGGUCUGGUCAAAAACUUGGCUCUGAUGUCCUACAUCACCGUCGGCACGGCGAUAAGACCGAUCAUCGACUUUUUGCAAGAUUGGGGGUCAGUCUCGCUCGAAGAAGUGACGGAUCUGCGCAAAGGUGCCAAAGUCUUUGUCAACGGUUUCUGGCAAGGCGUGCAUCCCAACCCAGAUGUACUCAUGAAGGUCUUGCUCAGAUUGCGACGAACCGGUACUCUCAACAAGUCUGUCAGUAUCGUCCGAGAUAUUCGCGAGCGCGAGAUCCGGAUCUUCGCCGACCCUGGUCGUGUCUGUCGACCGCUCCUCAUUGUGCAAGACCAGCAGCUACGUCUAAGACGCUGUCAUCUUGACUUGCUCAUGCGCGAUCCGGCUUCCGACUACGCUGCAGGCUUUGACGACAUGACAAACUGGGGUAUCGUCGAGUUUCUCGAUGCUGAAGAGGAAGAGAUGGCCAUGAUCUGCAUGACCUAUGAGGACCUCGAAGCUGCUUACUAUGCUCAUGAUAAGGAUCACGCAAAACAAGGAGUUGAUCCCACUGCUCGGUUGCGCUCUGCCAUUACGGCCAGUCAAGCUCAGCGAUGGACCCAUUGCGAGAUCCAUCCAGCUAUGAUCUUGGGUAUCUGUGCUUCCAUCAUUCCUUUCCCUGAUCACAAUCAGUCACCUCGUAACACAUAUCAGUCUGCGAUGGGCAAGCAAGCCAUGGGCGUCUACCUGACCAAUUAUCAAGUCCGUCUCGAUACAAUGGCAAACAUUCUGUUCUACCCGCAAAAGCCGCUGGCCACUACGCGAUCGAUGGACUAUCUGCACUUCAGACAAUUACCUGCCGGUCAAAAUGCUAUCGUUGCCAUUUUAUGCUAUUCGGGCUAUAACCAAGAAGAUUCGGUCAUCAUGAACCAAAGCGCUAUCGAUCGCGGUCUCUUCAGAAGUUUCUACUACCGUACUUAUAUGGAUACCGAGAAACGGCAAGGUGCGCUACAGAUGGAGAGCUUCGAGAAGCCAAGUCGACUUGAUACGCUCCGUCUCAAGCGAGGUACGUACGACAAGCUAGGCGAUGAUGGCUUUGUGCGCGUGGGCGAGCAAGUCAGAGGUGGUGAUAUUAUCAUUGGUAAGACUGCUCCGAUUGCGCCAGACUCUGAAGAGCUCGGUCAGCGAACGAAAGAUCACGUCAAGCGAGAUGUGUCGACGCCUCUCAAGAGCACCGAAGAGGGCUACAUCGAUCGUGUCAUGAUCACAACGAACGCAGACGGACUCAAGUUUGCAAAAGUACGAGUUCGCUCUACUCGCAUACCUCAGACGGGCGACAAGUUUGCCUCGCGUCAUGGUCAGAAGGGUACGAUCGGUAUCACCUACCAGCAGAACGAUAUGCCUUUCACGUCAGAAGGCAUCGUACCGGAUCUCAUCAUCAAUCCACACGCUAUCCCUUCGCGAAUGACGAUUGGCCAUUUGGUCGAAUGUCUGCUCAGCAAAGUUUCCGCUCUGACGGGCCAAGAAGGCGAUGCUACGCCCUUUUCCGAUGUCACUGUUGAUUCGGUUUCGUCUGUACUUAAAGCUCAAGGGUUCCAAGAUCGUGGUCUGGAGAUCAUGUCGAAUGGUCAUACGGGUCGCAAGCUGGCUGCGCAGGUCUAUCUCGGUCCGACAUACUAUCAGCGUCUGAAGCAUAUGGUCGAUGACAAGAUCCAUUCUCGGGCUCGUGGCCCGGUGCAGAUCCUGACGCGUCAGCCUGUCGAAGGUCGUAGUCGAGAUGGCGGUCUCCGAUUUGGAGAAAUGGAGCGAGAUUGCAUGAUCGCACAUGGCGUCGCAGGAUUCCUCAAGGAACGUAUGUUCGAGGCGAGCGACGCUUUCCGCAUUCAUGUCUGCGAUAUUUGCGGCAUGACUGCGAUUGCCAACCUGAUGAAGCAAACCUUCGAGUGCCGAGCAUGCAAGAACAAGACGGCCAUCUCGCAAGUCCUCGUGCCCUACAGCGCCAAGCUGCUCUUCUCCGAACUCCAAGCGAUGAAUAUAGCGACGCGCAUUGUAUUCACAAAGGGUGCUGGCGCACGACAGAACGAAAAUCCGGGCCAACAGGCAAUGGUCAACGGUCACGGGGCAGACUCGCCCUCCAGCCGGGCCAGCUCUUCACCUAGCAGCAAUGGCUUCGCAGGCACGCCGCCGCCUAUGUAG